AUGAGAUUCCCUACUGACGAGUUUUAUCAUAGAAAAUGGUUACUUGCAGUUCGUAGGAAAAACUUCGUGCCCAACAAAUAUUCAUCUCUAUGCACCAAGCAUUUUACUCCUGACUGUUACACAUGGAAAGCUGGCAGUUGUUAUCUGAAUAAAGAUGCUGUACCGACGAUUUUUGAUUAUUCAUCUGAGACAAAAUACCUGCCGAGAAAAUGCCCAUGGAAUGAAGAAAUCGGAAAAAUUAUUGAAUUUGAAAGAUCACUUCCAAUUGGUUCGGUAGUAACAAACUCGAAGAAGGAUAAGUGCAUAGACCCCUUGUAUACAGAUCGAAGAGAUUUCAAUGACUGCUUUGGUGGCGUAAAACUGAAUGCAAGUAGGGAACACAAUUCUUUCAAAGACAUUACUGCUGAGCUCAGGAAUCAAGCUGUCUUGGAUGAAAUGAACCGUAGAGUAGUCGAUUCUACUACCACUAUGCCUGUGAUUUUAGAUUUAGGGAAUCCUAGUAAUUCCACUCCCAGAAGACUUAAGCUUCCAACUUUUGUGAAGGAGACCCAUAAGAAAAUUUACACUAUUGUGUCUGAAGAGGAUGGUUCUAAUUCAAAGCUUUUUGUGACCGACACGAAUGUUGAUGUUACAAAUGCAAAUAUUUCCGAGUUGCUUGCGGGUAUAAUUGCGGAAAGACAGAGCGAAUUUCCGAAGUGCAAAUAUAAAACUCGUAUCAUAAUGUCGAACCAUUUAGAAAAUUUAGAAAAGUCGGGAAAACUUGGUUUUACUGGUAAAGUUAGCUAAUAGCGGGUGAAGAUAAAUUUUUCAUUUUCUUGAAUUUUUUUAUUAUAAAAGAUUAUUUCAGUGGUGAAAAAGAGAACAUGUUUGUCAACUUGCAAGCAAAAAACCACGAAAGGAAUAAAUUUCCAGCAGUAUCAGCAUGGUGAAUUCAUUGUUGCAUCAUAGGAUAUAUUUCUAAAUGGCA